AUGACUGGCGUAUUUUUAACAAGCCAGAAGGAGGAGAACGAUGUGGGGUGGUUAUCGUUAAUUAUUGGAAUUCGAGAAAAACGCGAAAAUCACGGAGAAGAAGGACAGUCGGUGAAAUUUGGUGGCGGUGGGCCACAGACUCGUUUGUCGGUGAUUGACGCGGGAUAUACCGGCACCGGAAGUGCUAAAAUGCCCCGUGGCCUACCGACUAGACGAGGUCUUCAAGCAUUGGCACUUGUUCUUGCCACUGCUUAUGCUACGAUUCUUCUUUAUCAAGCUAUCGUACCUCGUCAGUGGAUCGACGAGAUGACAGUUGAAGUAAAUAGCAGAAAUGUACUGGUAGAAGUGCCAUCUUCAAGGAGAAUGAUCAGAGAGGAAUCAUCGGUAACACCUGCAAUCGCGACUGCGACGAUGGCACCAUUCACCACAAAUCUCGACGAUGUGUUCAUCAGUGUAAAGACCACCAAGCAUUAUCAUCAUUCUCGUCUGCCGGCUAUUAUCAGCACGUGGUUUCAAUUCGCUAAGGAUCAGACAUGGUUCUUCACCGAUCGAGACGAUCCGUAUUUCCAGAAUCAAACCAACGGCCAUAUGAUCAACACGAAAUGUUCGUCUUCGCAUAACAGGCGGGCCCUUUGCUGUAAAAUGUCGGUCGAAUUCGACAGGUUCCUCGACAGCGGCCGGAAGUGGUUCUGCCACUUCGACGAUGAUAAUUACGUGAACGUGCCACGCCUGCUCAAGCUUCUGGACAACUACAAUCCACGGGAGGACUGGUACCUGGGCAGGCCCUCGAUACCGGCACCCUUGGAGAUCAUCAGGCAGGGUCCGGAGCCCUCGAAGCGGCCGCAAAAGGUAAAAUUCUGGUUUGCGACAGGUGGCGCCGGAUUUUGCAUUAGCAGGGCGCUUGCGAUGAAAAUGACACCGGUUGCUGGAGGUGGAAAGUUCAUUACUGUGGGCGACAGAAUUAGACUGCCGGAUGACGUGACGAUGGGAUACAUUAUCGAACACUUGCUCAAGAAGCAGCUAACCGUCGUCGAGCAAUUCCAUUCCCAUCUGGAGCCCAUGAAGUUCCUCAACAAGGAUACUUUCGACGAGCAAGUAUCGUUCAGCUACUCGAAAGGUCCGAGGGACGAGUGGAAUAUUCUCAAGAUCGACGGUUUCGACAUGAAGGACGAUCCGAAAAGAUUCAGGUCGAUCCACUGCCAUCUGUUCCCGCACGUUCCCAAUUGCCCGCACAGAUGAUGACCAGUCGGAUGAUCCAACUCGCAAACAAGAGGAGAAUCGUGCGAUCUCACGUUGCCUCUAACCGCAACGCCCAUCAGUUCACUAACCGAGAUCGAGAUCGGUUAAUAAAUGUUAUUGUCUCACGUUUUGUACAUAAAGUUAGAUAGGUGUAAAGAUCGAUGGAGUUUUUAAAAAAAUUUUUUUUUUUUUUUUUUAAUUUAAAAACGUCUACAGAAUCUACAGAAAUCUAGUUUUAAUUAAAUAAAUUAGAAUUUUUUUUGCGCAAUGAUCAAAUUUUAACAAAGAAUUUUUUUUAUUUUUUGUCAAAGUUUUAUAUCGUAUUCUCAUCUUGUAUGUAAGUUGUAUAUCAUUGUACGAGUAUUCGAUGUUUUUGUAUAUAGGAAAUUUAUAGGAAUACCUGGAAUUAUCGUUCGAAUAUUUAAUAUUUUUGACGACACGAAAAGUGAAACGAGAUAUUUUUUUUUCUUUAAGAUGUUCGUGUUGUUGAAAAUAUAACGAUCGAUAAUACUGGGUGAAUUAGUUGUACUAUAAAAAAAAGGAAAUAUUCGAAGAUUAUUUGGCGACAUUCUCGUCGCUGCGUCAUGGAAUUACCUUAAGCUAGUCUCCCGUGUAAAUAAACAGAUGGUCAUACCAUGUGAUAUUUAAUAGGCGUGAGUGGAUUCGUGCUUUCGUGUCGAUUGUAUAGUACCUAUAUGUUUCGAGAAAAUCGGAUAUAAUUUCUUUCUUGCGUGAGAUAUAUUUAAAAAAAUAAUAGUGAUGAAAUAAUUGUUAACGAAGACACAAAUAUCUUUACUCACUUGAUAGGUUAUUCCGAUGAGCAGUAGCUUUGACAGAGGUUAGGUUAUUUAUAGAGUCGUGCAUUCUUUAUUCCACAAUAGACUAGUACUAGAUUGGUCGAAAAAAUACGAUAAAAUAAUCGUUCGUUUUUAAUUAACAACAAAAUAAAAAUAUUUUAUCCAAAAAAGUAACAAUUACAUUAUUGUAUCCGAUUUUUUCGUUCCCGUUCUGCGUGCUAUUGAUUUAAUAAGUGUGCAAUAUCAUGAAAUACACAAAGAGAGAAAUAGAAUAUUAUCCAUUAACCGACUUCAGUUCGGAUUAAUUAUUCUUCUUUCCUUCGUUGUAUUGCGCUUAUGCACCUGUUGCAUUCUCGAACACUGGGAAAAGAAGAAGAAAAUCGGAGUUUCCGUUGGAUGGAAUCGGAAAACAUGGCGGAUGUACAAUUACGUGCAUUGUAACAAUGAGGUUUUAUAUAAUACACGGUACCAAUUAUACGAC